AUAUAUACAUAAUACACAAGCAUGGUUCGACAUCCAAUUCAGUACUGUUUGCUAAAGUUCACGUACUUGAUUUUCCUGAAAAACGCUCACGUACACGCCCAACACACACGCUUCGAAGAAAGAAAUUUUCCUGAUGGGGCGUUGGAUGAAGCCAGAGAUAUAUCCACUUCUGGUCCCAAUGGUGUUCGUUACUAGUUUGUGCACCUUCCAGCUUGCAAGGAACAUUCUCGGCAAUCCCGAUGUCAGAGUUAAUAAAAGCCACCGUCUUAAGGGAGUGCUCGACAACGAAGAGGAGGGAGAGAAGUACGCCGAGCAUGGCUUCCGGAGGUUCCUUCGUACCCGCCGGCCAGAGGUGAUGCCUGCCAUCAACCGUUUCUUCUCGGAAGAUAAAUGAGCACAUAUAUAGAUUAAAAGAAUCCAUCCAUGUGAAAAUGGGUCGGUUUUGUGUUUGAUGAUUGUUGUUUAUAUAUAGUGCCUUCGCUGCGCGCGAGCGUUCCGUGUUCUUGUUUA